UACACAUUUUUUUUUUCCUAAGAAUUUGUUACAGAAAGAAUAAUUUUAUUUAUAAUUAAAAUAAUUGUAAAAGUGGGGAUAAGAGAAAAUGGAAUAAUGCUUGUGAGCAGAGAGAGCGAGGAGGAGGCUAGAGAACGAGAAUCUUUCUUCGCCGAACCACCUUGUCUUCUCUUCUCUUAGCUCAUCGAAUCUCUCCGUCGCCGUCGCCGUCGAUUCGUCCCGCCGAAGGGGAAGUCAUGGACGUUUCUGCUAGAAAGUCGCAAAAAGCAGGGCGCGAAAAGUUGAGGAGGGAAAAACUUAAUGAGCAUUUUGUUGAAUUGGGAAAUGUACUCGAUCCAGAGAGACCCAAGAAUGACAAAGCCACGAUUCUGACUGAUACUGUUCAGUUGUUGAAAGAGCUCACAUCUGAAGUCAACAAACUGAAAUCUGAGUACACCGCAUUGACAGAUGAGUCCCGCGAGUUGACACAGGAGAAAAACGACCUGAGAGAAGAAAAGACAUCGCUGAAAUCAGAGAUAGAGAAUCUCAAUCUCCAAUACCAGCAGAGAUUAAGGUCAAUGUCUCCAUGGGGAGCUGCGAUGGAUCACACAGUCAUGAUGGCUCCACCACCCUCCUUUCCAUACCCAAUGCCUAUGGCUAUGCCUCCCGGGUCAAUCCCAAUGCAUCCAUCAAUGCCAUCUUAUACAUACUUUGGGACCCAGAACCCUAGCAUGAUCCCAGCUCCAUGUCCUACAUACAUGCCGUUCAUGCCUCCUAAUACAGUCGUUGAACAACAAUCCGUGCACAUUCCACAGAACCCGGGUAACCGUUCUCGGGAACCUAGAGCAAAGGUUUCAAGAGAGAGCAGAUCUGAAAAAGCAGAGGACUCCAACGAAGUUGCAACACAACUCGAGUUAAAAACCCCUGGAUCGACUUCUGAUAAGGAUACAUUGCAAAGGCCAGAGAAGACAAAGAGAUGUAAGAGAAACAACAACAACAACAACAACAACUCCGUAGAAGAAAGCUCUCAUUCUAGCAAAUGUUCAUCUUCUCCGAGCGUACGAGACCACAGUUCUUCCAGUAGCGUAGCUGGUGGCCAAAAACCUGAUGAUGCAAAAUGACUCGAAAGAAUUUGAUGACCAUCGCCUAAAUUGGCGUUUCGAUGAGUAUAUGCCGUUGUAUAUAUAUAUAUAUAUAUAUAUAUGUGAUUUCAAUUAUGAAAAGAACAUUGUACUAAAAUUAUGCAUGGUGGACGAAUGUUGUAAUAUAUGUGUCUAACAUAUAUUUACAUGGACGUACACAAUUCUACAGAAAGUUCUUAAUUUAAGCUUUAUAUUAAUCUUUUAA